AUGGAUUUGCUGUGGUCGACGACGAGCGCAUCCUGCGCCCUGGCCGUAGUAGCUGGCCUCUUAUCGCACUGGCUGUACUUCAUCCGCGGCAACCGGACCAUGGAAACCGCCUACAUCAUACUCUUUUACAUCGUCGCAUUGGCGCUCCUGCUGCUAAAGACCACAUCAUCGCAGGGACUGUACUACGGCACCAUCUGGUACGUAGAGAUUUCCGGAUCUUACUUCCUGGCUCUCUUCACAAGCAUCGGCAUCUACCGUCUGUUCCUCCACCCCCUCCGCCGUAUCCCCGGUCCAUUCCCGUCCAAGGUUUCCAAGCUCUACACGGUAUGGCAAAAUAGGGACUGGAAGCUGCAUCGGCGCUAUCUGGAAAUGCAUGACAAGUAUGGAGACUUUGUGAGAAUUGGAUCUCUGGUAACCUGGGCAGGCCCGAACGACAUCUCAAUCGUCAGCAUUGAGGCCUUUACCAAGAUUCACGGCCCACAGACGAAAUGCUCCAAGCGCGACACAGCCUUCUACGACGCCGCGCUCAUUAAGGGGGAGUUGAAUCUGGAUUCCCUCUGGCACAACGAGCAGCACCGCGACAGGCCCCUCGAGAAAUACGAAGAAGAGACCCGCGCCGUCCUGCGAACCUUCCUCUCCCGCCUCGGGGAGCUCCAAGGAACGACGGUUGACGCCACGCUCUAUGCCAAGCUCAUCCCCUUUGACAACAUGGGCCGCGUCGGCUACAGCCGGGACUUUGGCACCGUCCGCGACGGCAGGGAAGAUCGCAUGCUCGACGUUAUCGAGUCGGCGUUCAAGAUCAUGGCGCGAUGCGGCCAGGCGCCGUGGCUGGUCGGGCCUUUUUCCAAACUGCCAAGGUUCGGGUUAACGAAACAGUUGGAGGAUUUGGGGGUAGAGUCGGAUGAGACACAUGACAUGAUCAAGUACUUCCUUAACGACCACAACUCCGAGAAGCCGAAGUCGUUUCACAGCGUCAACGUCAUGUACAGCGACUCGCAAGCGAUCCUCAUUGGAGCCACAGACACCAUCUCGUGCGCCCUCGCACACGCCUUCUUCUUCAUCGCCCGCGACGCCAACUUCCGCCGCCAGCUGUACGAAGAGAUCGCAACCGCAUACGGAAAAACCAUCCCGGGAGAGUUUGCCAUAGCCGAUCUGAACAAGCUCGAGUUUCUGGAUGCUGUGAUUCAUGAAACUCUCCGCAUACAGGCUCCUGCGGCGCUCAACGGGCCCCGGAUCACGCCGCCCGAGGGUAUUGUGCUGGAUGGGAUGCAUAUCCGGGGGGCGUGA